AUUCAGGGGUCAAAGGUCAUCCAGGGGUCACCUAGGGGUCACCCAGGGGUCAGGGAUCACCCAGGGGUCACCCAGGGGUCACUCAGGGGUCACUCAGGGGUCCCUCAUGUCCUUCCUGAUGAGUCUGUCCACGCUGGCCAGAGUGACCACUGCACCCCUGGGGGUCAUUCAGGGGUCAAAGGUCACCCAGGGGUCACCCAGGGGUCACCCAGGGGUCACUCAGGGGUCCCUCAUGUCCUUCCUGAUGAGUCUGUCCACGCUGGCCAGAGUGACCACUGCACCCCUGGGGGUCAAAGGUCACCCAGGGGUCACUCAGGGGUCACUCAGGGGUCAGGGGUCACCCAGGGGCCACCCAGGGGUCCCUCAUGUCCUUCCUGAUGAGUCUGUCCACGCUGGCCAGAGUGACCACUGCACCCCUGGGGGUCAUUCAGGGGUCAAAGGUCAUCCAGGGGUCACCCAGGGGUCACUCAGGGGUCAGGGGUCACCCAGGGGUCACCCAGGGGUCACUCAGGGGGUCCCUCAUGUCCUUCCUGAUGAGUCUGUCCACGCUGGCCACAGUGACCACUGCACCCCUGGGGGUCAAAGGUCAUCCAGGGGUCACCCAGGGGUCACUCAGGGGUCACCCAGGGGUCAGGGGUCACCCAGGGGUCACUCAGGGGUCACUCAGGGGUCACUCAGGGGGUCCCUCAUGUCCUUCCUGAUGAGUCUGUCCACGCUGGCCACAGUGACCACUGCACCCCUGGGGGUCAUUCAAGGGUCAUUCGGGGGUCAAAGGUCAUCCAGGAGUCACCCAGGGGUCACUCGGUCACUGAGGGGUCACUCAGGGGUCAAGGGUCACCCAGGGGUCACUCAGGGGGUCCCUCAUGUCCUUCCUGAUGAGUCUGUCCACGCUGGCCACAGUGACCACUGCACCCCUGGGGGUCAUUCAGGGGUCAAAGGUCACCCAGGGGUCAUCCAGGGGUCACCCAGGGGUCACUCAGGGGUCAGGGGUCACCCAGGGGUCCCUCAUGUCCUUCCUGAUGAGUCUGUCCACGCUGGCCAGAGUGACCACUGCACCCCCGGGGGUCAAAGGUCACCCAAGGGUCACCCAGGGGUCACCCAGGGGUCACUCAGGGGUCAGGGGUCACCCAGGGGUCCCUCAUGUCCUUCCUGA